AAAAAACCCGGGACGGUCAACAGGGAGGAACCACCCACUUCGCUCUCGCUGCUUCGAAAACCGAGAAAACUCAACCCCAAGGACUAGAACACUUGUUCGGAUUUAUCCAAGUCACCCUCGAAAACCAUCUACCAAUCCAUCAUGGCCGAGUCUCCGUUUCUGGCGUCAGCCAAUACGAAUACCAUCAGCCAGGGAUCGAUCUGGGCGGUCUUGGUUCAGCCAUCGUUUCCCGACAUGGUCUUUGAAGCCUCUGCCUUGAUGACCAAGGGUGCACCUUCUCAAGCGAAUCCUACAACCGGAACCAAAUCGUCUCACCAACCUAGCGAAUUCGCCUUGCGGAUGAAAGAGGCUGCCGAAGCGAUCAGCGGUGAACACGCCGGGCCGACUGAGAAGGGGGACAGUGAAGAUGCUGAUCAAAUGGCGAAUGAUGAGGCCGUCGAGAAUCGGGAACAUGAAACUGAAGAGACUAAAGAGGCCAAGAGGAAAAUUGUCGAAGAAUUAUGGUCCAAACUGCAACCUUCUUGCUUUGUCAGAACCGAUGAUCGGGAACUCGAGGCAGCUACCAACCUGCUCCUGACCCUCAUGCUUUCUUUCUUGUCAAAUCACAACAAGUUUCCCCAAUUCGUAUCCCAGCUUCUGGAGGCCAUCGUAACUGCUGAGGGAAAAACUACGGCUUACGGGAGAUAUACUGCGUUGUUUACACUCUUCAAUGCCCUACCAGCUCCAACAGCACCCACGGACAACUCUGUACCUUUACAAUUGACCAUUCUCUCUCGAUUGGCUGAUAUGGCCGCUUCCCACCCCGAGGACCUAGUCAUACUACUACCCUCCUUACUACGCUUGCCGUCCUACCUCACUCAGUGGAACUUACUUGGCUCCCCAGUGGGCGUAGCUACGAUCGAGAAAGUGAUCCGACUUUGUGAACAAGGAGGCAAGCUUGAGGAUGCGUUUAACCUCAGCAUUCUCUACCUAUCCUCCCCGGCCUUAUCGAAUGAGAAAAGGUGUCCCGAUGUCGAUCGGGUUUCGGCUCAAGCGGUCAAGCUCUCGUUGACCUUACCAAACUGUUAUGAUUGGGACUUGUUGGAAGAUAUCGUGCCGAUCUCUCAAUACCUCAACUCCAAUCCAGAGGGCGAAACUACAUACUUGAAGUUGAUCAGCUUGUUAAAGUCGCCGUCGACCAAGUUUGAUCAGAUCGAACAAGAGCUCACAUCAAAUUCGAACCUCAAAAGUGCCUUGUCGGAAGAUACCAAGAGCUGGGUCCAAAGGAAAGCUCGACUGUUGACUCUCACCGAUUUAUGCGGGAAUCGUGUCGGAGGAGAGGUAAAAUACUCCGAGGUCAAGGAAUGCUUGGGAUUGGCUGUGUCGAUCGAAGAAGACGAUGGCAUGGAGGUCGAAGAAUGGGUCAUCAAUGCUAUCAAGGCGAAUUUGAUAGCUGCCAGACUUCAUCAACCGAGCCAUGUGAUCUAUGUGACCAAAGCCAGCCAUCGAUCAUUUGGAACACCUCAGUGGGCCAACCUUGAAACAAAAUUAAAAGGGUGGGGUAAUUCGAUCGAGCAUCUUAUUCGAGUAGUGGAACAAGGCCUUUCUUCCGUGGAAUCUUCUUCAAAUCUUAAAGGAAAUCAAAAAAUGGUUUCCACUGCCGCUUAGAAAACUCAAUCCCUUGCAUACUCGAAAAAUCUUGUUCCCCCGUUUUUUUCUACAUUGAGAAAAUUUGUCAACUUGCGUCGAUCGAGAAUCAUCUUAGUAGUAAUUUUAAGAACCAACUUCAACAUUUGUUUUCCAGGUUUCUUUUUUUAGUAUAACUGGCGAGCAACGUUACUAGAUAUCCUCAUACCUCAAUUGCUAUGUCCUUCCAAAUCCACCACCUCCCCCAAAAAACUCAAACGAUACUUUUGUGCUCGUUUUUUUCACUUUUGUCAAUUAGAUCGCUUUCCUUUAUCACUCAGCAUGUCGAUUGCUCUUUCUCUUUGCUCAACAAUAAACUGGUAUCUUUUC